AUGCGAAAAGUGAGAAUCGACUCCCUAGCCAAAGUGAAUACUGCGUUUGCGGAGGUUCAAGAUACCAUCGAGCGUCUAGAUAGCGAAGAUCUGGAAGAACAUCUUGCCGGAAGAGUAGAUUUCGAGCAUCGGUAUUGUACCGCAAAGGGAUUCCUGCUUUCGAAACUCCCCAUCGAAGGUAAUCAAGCGCAACUGAACGCCUCGUUUGCUGCUCCGCCUGCCAACUUCCACCUCCGCUUACCGCAGAUCGACCUCCCACGUUUCGAUGGCGAUUUCUCACGUUGGUUGUCGUUCCGUGAUACAUUUUCGUCCAUGGUUCACUGCAAUGCGGACAUACCAACGGUCGCCAAACUGCAAUACCUUUUGCAGUCUCUGGAAGGGAACGCAAAAAAGCCCUACGAGUCGGUCGAUAUCGAAGCCGACAAUUACGCUUGCACUUGGGACGCACUCCUCAAGCGAUACGACAACCCGGUGAAGCAGGAGUCUGUCAAUCGCAUCCACAGCCUGAUCGACGAUUUCCAGCGCCAUGUGAAGGCCUUGAAGAAGCUAAACGAACCUGUGGAGCACUGGGACACACCUCUGGUGAAUAUUUUGUCCUACAAGCUGGACCCACCCACUUUGCGGGCCUGGGAGGAAAAGACUAGUACGCAGGAUGACGUGAAGUAUGAGGAGCUGGUAGAAUUACUCUAUCAGCGCGUACGAGUGCUGAAUUCAGUAGGCUACGAGCACCAUCAGCAUCCAACGCCGUCGGCAAAGGUGGCCGGCACCAUUCCAAAACCCACCAAAAUCAAGUUCGCAGCCAACGCUGCUGCAUCCUCCAAUUCCUCCUCACCAUGUUUACUGUUCUGUUCCGACAAUCACGUCCUAUGCAACUGCCCUAUUUCCCUUGGGAAGGAUGUACGCCUUCGCCGAGAAUUCGUCACGUUGAAGCGGUUGUAUUGGAACUGCCUGUGCAGCGGACAUCAGUCGAAGAAGUGUACGUCGAAGUUCUCAUGUCGUACGUGCCACGAAAGACACGAUUCGCUGCUUCACGAUCCUGCUUUAUCCAAGUCGUCAUCGAGUUCAACCGUGUCAUCUACUAUUCCCGUUCAACAACCGUCUCCGUCCACUAGUGUGGGCACUCGGAGCUCCGCUCCUCCCAAUGUCAGCAUGGCAGUCCGAACUGCAUGCAAUACUGUUUUGUUGGAAACGGUUGUCCUCAAUGUCGUUGAUGAUCACGGACACGUGUACCAGGCAAGAGCCUUACUGGACUCGGCUUCAAUGUCCAACUUCAUUUCGAAGCCACUAGCAAAGCUGCUGUUCAACACCCGGUCGAAAGUGGACAUUUCCAUAGCAGGGAUCGGCCUUUCCACACACUGUGUGAAAAGUGCAAUUACCGCCACCAUCCAGUCGAGAACACAGGAGUUUUCGACGAAGCUACAGUUCCUCAUUCUUAAAAAUCCUUCGGCACAGUUGCCGACCAUACCACUCAACAUCUCGUCGUGGAACAUUCCCAGGGUUGGUCUCGCCGACCCUCAAUUCCACAUCCCAGGGAGGAUAGACCUCGUUAUCGGCAGUGAAGCCUUCUGGGAGAUUCAUAGUGGUCGGAAGAUUCCGUUAGGGGACGGACUUCCAUGGUUGACUGAAACACCAUUCGGAUGGACUGUCGCUGGCACCGCAUCCAGUCAACACAAUUGUAUUCCUCGGAUCUGCAACCUUUCUACGAAAGAUGACCCGUUAGAAGCUACGCUUAAGAAGUUCUGGGAAAUCGAGGACAUCUCCGGAGGACUAGCACUAUCCGUUGUAGAAGAUCGUUGUGAUAAGCACUACGUAGCUACUACCACCCGUGAUCCUUCUGGAAGGUAUAUCGUCAGUCUUCCUCGAACCGACAAUCCCGAUAUAGCAGAUCGCCGUCUUAUGAGUGUCGAGCGGCGUCUCGACCGUGAUCCUGCCACCAAGGACGCGUAUCUUCGUUUUAUGGACGAAAACCUCCAGUUAGGACAUAUGAAGAAGCUCAUCGAUCCAGUAGACGACAAUCAACUGCACUGCUACAUACCGCACCACGCUGUCUUCAAAAAGUCAAGCACGUCUAUAAACGUUAGGGUCAUUAUCGAUAUGUCGUGCAAGACAUCCUCCGGAUAUUCAUUAAACGACACACUCUUGGUUGGACCAGUCGUUCAGGAGGAUCUGCUCUCCAUCGUGUUGCGUUUCUGCAUUCGCUGCGACGCUAUUGUCGCCCACGUGGAGAAAAUGUAUCGGCAGAUGCUCCACUCUCCAGAAGACCGCAAAUUCCUACGGAUUCGCUUCCGGACCAACUCCAAUGACCCUAUUUCCACUUACAAGCUGCAGACGGUGACCUACGGCACCGCGUCUGCUCCGUACCUUGCAACCAGGACUCUGCAGCAGAUUGCACAUGACGUAGAAUCUGCAAUUGAAUUGAGGCAACAAGUGACGUCGAUGCUGAAAACUGCAGGCUUCCCAAUCAAGAAAUGGGCAUCGAAUGUUCCCCAUGUUCUACAUGGUGUUCCAUCGGAAGAUUUAGCUGUUCAACCGCUGCAUGAACUUCAGGACGAGCCGGCUGUUUCGACUCAGGGUCUCGUGUGGGAACCGAGAACCGACGCACUACGGUUCAAAGUUCAGCUACCUCCACAGGCCAUAGUCCUGACAAAGCGAAAAGUGAUGUCUUACAUCGCGCAAAUCUUCGAUCCACUUGGUCUUGUGGGUCCUAGAAUUGUGGUGGCCAAACUAUUCAUGCAGAGCUUAUGGGCACUGAAGCAGAAUAGGAAGGCCUGUGAGUGGGAUACAGCACUCCCAACCAAGCUACAGGAGGAGUGGAAGGCGUUUCAUAACACUCUAUAUUUAUUGAGCGAAGUUCGUGUCCCACGAUUUGUUUCGCUUCCAAUCGCCGUCAAUCUCCAACUCCACUUCUUCGCCAACGCCUCUCAAUGA